CUGAUGACGCGCGGGCGCGGCGGCGGGGGGGGCGCGGGCUGAUGACGCGCCGGCGCUCCCGGCGAGCUGGGCAGCAUGGCUUCGGUGGCGCUCAGCGAGGCCGAGAAGGUCUACAUCGUUCAUGGAGUGCAGGAAGACCUUCGGGUGGACGGCCGUGGCUGUGAGGACUACCGAUGUGUCGAAGUGGAGACCGACGUCGUGUCCAACACCAGCGGGUCUGCCAGAGUCAAGCUGGGUCACACAGACAUCUUGGUGGGAGUGAAAGCUGAAAUGGGGACCCCGAAGCUGGAGAGACCAAAUGAAGGCUACCUGGAGUUCUUUGUUGACUGUUCAGCCAAUGCCACCCCAGAAUUUGAAGGGCGAGGAGGCGAUGACCUUGGCACCGAGAUCGCUAACACCCUGUACCGGAUAUUUAACAACAAGAGCAGCGUAGACUUGAGCUCCCUCUGCAUCAGUCCCCGGGAGCACUGCUGGGUUCUCUAUGUGGAUGUGCUGCUGCUGGAAUGUGGUGGGAAUUUGUUUGAUGCUAUUUCCAUUGCUGUGAAGGCUGCUCUCUUCAACACAAGGAUACCAAAGGUUCGUGUUCUGGAGGACGAAGAGGGGGCAAAGGACAUCGAACUGUCUGACGAUCCUUACGACUGCAUCAGACUGAGUGUGGAGAAUGUGCCCUGCAUUGUCACCCUGUGCAAGAUUGGCUGCCGGCAUGUGGUGGACGCCACACUUCAGGAGGAGGCCUGCUCCUUGGCCAGCUUGCUAGUGUCAGUGACCAGCAAGGGGGUCGUGACCUGCAUGAGGAAGGUGGGGAAGGGAAGCCUGGACCCUGAGAGCAUCUUUGAGAUGAUGGAGAGCAGCAAGCGAGUGGGCAAGGUGCUGCACAUGUCCUUACAGAGCAUUCUGCACAAGGAAGAAAGCCUGGGGCCCAAGAGGCCGAAGGUCGGGUUCCUGGGAUGAUUUGUCAUCAGUCCUGCGGUGGACACUGGUUAUUUCACUUUUUCAUUGAGACUGGUUUGUAUAUAUUUUUCUUAAUUGUUAAAAUUUUAAGUCAGCCUUUGUACAUGUAAAAAAUAAAGUCUAUUUUGUGGUCUGGUUUGGUA